GGCAUCACUCCCCUGAAUAACAGGAUAGUCGGCGGUGAAGAUGCUCCACCUGGGAGUUGGCCUUGGCAGGUUAGUCUGCAGGGCUCUGGUGGCCAUGUUUGUGGUGGUUCCCUCAUCAACAGAGAGUGGGUGAUGUCUGCUGCUCACUGCUUUUCCAGUACAAGCACAUCCGGAUGGGAGGUUUCUCUUGGCCGUCAGAACCUCCAGGGCACAAACCCAAAUGAAGUGUCCAGAAGUGUUGCCAGAAUCAUUUUACACCCAAACUAUGAUGGUGACACCAACAACAAUGACAUCGCUCUGCUCAGACUCUCCUCACCAGUCACGUUCACAGACUACAUCAGACCUGUGUGUCUGGCAGCCAGUGGCAGUGUGUUCAACAAUGGUACAGAUAGCUGGGUCACCGGCUGGGGUGCAGUCAAUGAGGGAGUGUCCUUACCAUUCCCUGAAUCUCUACAAGAAGUGGAGGUUCCAGUUCUGGGAAACAGACAGUGUAACUGUCUCAAUGGAGUUGGUACAAUCACAGACAACAUGAUCUGUGCUGGAGUUCUGGUGGGAGGCAAAGACUCAUGUCAGGGUGACUCGGGAGGUCCGAUGGUAAGCAAACAGGGCUCCGUCUGGGUCCAGUCUGGAAUAGUUAGCUUUGGUUUUGGUUGCGCCCGACCCAAUUUGCCAGGAGUCUACUCCAGAGUGUCCAGUUACCAGCCCUGGAUCAACUCCCUGAUCCGCUCUGAUGAGCCAGGUUUUGUGCAGUUCAGUUCCAGUGGUGGGGACACUGAUGGCAGCUACACCUGUCCUGGUCUCCCACCACCUCUUACUACCACUACUGCUUCUGGCACUAGUACCAAUACCGCAGAACCCAGUGCUACAACCACAGAGCCAGGAUCUGUUGCAUCGAGUGCUGAAUUGUGUGGCAUCACUCCCCUGAAUAACAGGAUAGUCGGCGGUGAAGAUGCUCCACCUGGGAGUUGGCCUUGGCAGGUUAGUCUGCAGGGCUCUGGUGGCCAUGUUUGUGGUGGUUCCCUCAUCAACAGAGAGUGGGUGAUGUCUGCUGCUCACUGCUUUUCCAGUACAAGCACAUCCGGAUGGGAGGUUUCUCUUGGCCGUCAGAACCUCCAGGGCACAAACCCAAAUGAAGUGUCCAGAAGUGUUGCCAGAAUCAUUUUACACCCAAACUAUGAUGGUGACACCAACAACAAUGACAUCGCUCUGCUCAGACUCUCCUCACCAGUCACGUUCACAGACUACAUCAGACCUGUGUGUCUGGCAGCCAGUGGCAGUGUGUUCAACAAUGGUACAGAUAGCUGGGUCACCGGCUGGGGUGCAGUCAAUGAGGGAGUGUCCUUACCAUUCCCUGAAUCUCUACAAGAAGUGGAGGUUCCAGUUCUGGGAAACAGACAGUGUAACUGUCUCAGUGGAGUUGGUACAAUCACAGACAACAUGAUCUGUGCUGGAGUUCUGGUGGGAGGCAAAGACUCAUGUCAGGGUGACUCGGGAGGUCCGAUGGUAAGCAAACAGGGCUCCGUCUGGGUCCAGUCUGGAAUAGUUAGCUUUGGUUUUGGUUGCGCCCGACCCAAUUUGCCAGGAGUCUACUCCAGAGUGUCCAGUUACCAGCCCUGGAUCAACUCCCUGAUCCGCUCUGAUGAGCCAGGUUUUGUGCAGUUCAGUUCCAGUGGUGGGGACACUGAUGGCAGCUACACCUGUCCUGGUCUCCCACCACCUCUUACUACCACUACUGCUUCUGGCACUAGUACCAAUACCGCAGAACCCAGUGCUACAACCACAGAGCCAGGAUCUGUUGCAUCGAGUGCUGAAUUGUGUGGCAUCACUCCCCUGAAUAACAGGAUAGUCGGCGGUGAAGAUGCUCCACCUGGGAGUUGGCCUUGGCAGGUUAGUCUGCAGGGCUCUGGUGGCCAUGUUUGUGGUGGUUCCCUCAUCAACAGAGAGUGGGUGAUGUCUGCUGCUCACUGCUUUUCCAGUACAAGCACAUCCGGAUGGGAGGUUUCUCUUGGCCGUCAGAACCUCCAGGGCACAAACCCAAAUGAAGUGUCCAGAAGUGUUGCCAGAAUCAUUUUACACCCAAACUAUGAUGGUGACACCAACAACAAUGACAUCGCUCUGCUCAGACUCUCCUCACCAGUCACGUUCACAGACUACAUCAGACCUGUGUGUCUGGCAGCCAGUGGCAGUGUGUUCAACAAUGGUACAGAUAGCUGGGUCACCGGCUGGGGUGCAGUCAAUGAGGGAGUGUCCUUACCAUUCCCUGAAUCUCUACAAGAAGUGGAGGUUCCAGUUCUGGGAAACAGACAGUGUAACUGUCUCAAUGGAGUUGGUACAAUCACAGACAACAUGAUCUGUGCUGGAGUUCUGGUGGGAGGCAAAGACUCAUGUCAGGGUGACUCGGGAGGUCCGAUGGUAAGCAAACAGGGCUCCGUCUGGGUCCAGUCUGGAAUAGUUAGCUUUGGUUUUGGUUGCGCCCGACCCAAUUUGCCAGGAGUCUACUCCAGAGUGUCCAGUUACCAGCCCUGGAUCAACUCCCUGAUCCGCUCUGAUGAGCCAGGUUUUGUGCAGUUCAGUUCCAGUGGUGGGGACACUGAUGGCAGCUACACCUGUCCUGGUCUCCCACCACCUCUUACUACCACUACUGCUUCUGGCACUAGUACCAAUACCGCAGAACCCAGUGCUACAACCACAGAGCCAGGAUCUGUUGCAUCGAGUGCUGAAUUGUGUGGCAUCACUCCCCUGAAUAACAGGAUAGUCGGCGGUGAAGAUGCUCCACCUGGGAGUUGGCCUUGGCAGGUUAGUCUGCAGGGCUCUGGUGGCCAUGUUUGUGGUGGUUCCCUCAUCAACAGAGAGUGGGUGAUGUCUGCUGCUCACUGCUUUUCCAGUACAAGCACAUCCGGAUGGGAGGUUUCUCUUGGCCGUCAGAACCUCCAGGGCACAAACCCAAAUGAAGUGUCCAGAAGUGUUGCCAGAAUCAUUUUACACCCAAACUAUGAUGGUGACACCAACAACAAUGACAUCGCUCUGCUCAGACUCUCCUCACCAGUCACGUUCACAGACUACAUCAGACCUGUGUGUCUGGCAGCCAGUGGCAGUGUGUUCAACAAUGGUACAGAUAGCUGGGUCACCGGCUGGGGUGCAGUCAAUGAGGGAGUGUCCUUACCAUUCCCUGAAUCUCUACAAGAAGUGGAGGUUCCAGUUCUGGGAAACAGACAGUGUAACUGUCUCAAUGGAGUUGGUACAAUCACAGACAACAUGAUCUGUGCUGGAGUUCUGGUGGGAGGCAAAGACUCAUGUCAGGUAAGCUGCUGCUUCUUUUAUUUGUCACUCAUUGCUGAAUGUGUAAAGGACUUUGUGACAUCCUUAGUCGUGUCCUCUCCACGUCCCCAGGGUGACUCGGGAGGUCCGAUGGUAAGCAAACAGGGCUCCGUCUGGGUCCAGUCUGGAAUAGUUAGCUUUGGUUUUGGUUGCGCCCGACCCAAUUUGCCAGGAGUCUACUCCAGAGUGUCCAGUUACCAGCCCUGGAUCAACUCCCUGAUCCGCUCUGAUGAGCCAGGUUUUGUGCAGUUCAGUUCCAGUGGUGGGGACACUGAUGGCAGCUACACCUGUCCUGGUCUCCCACCACCUCUUACUACCACUACUGCUUCUGGCACUAGUACCAAUACCGCAGAACCCAGUGCUACAACCACAGAGCCAGGAUCUGUUGCAUCGAGUGCUGAAUUGUGUGGCAUCACUCCCCUGAAUAACAGGAUAGUCGGCGGUGAAGAUGCUCCACCUGGGAGUUGGCCUUGGCAGGUUAGUCUGCAGGGCUCUGGUGGCCAUGUUUGUGGUGGUUCCCUCAUCAACAGAGAGUGGGUGAUGUCUGCUGCUCACUGCUUUUCCAGUACAAGCACAUCCGGAUGGGAGGUUUCUCUUGGCCGUCAGAACCUCCAGGGCACAAACCCAAAUGAAGUGUCCAGAAGUGUUGCCAGAAUCAUUUUACACCCAAACUAUGAUGGUGACACCAACAACAAUGACAUCGCUCUGCUCAGACUCUCCUCACCAGUCACGUUCACAGACUACAUCAGACCUGUGUGUCUGGCAGCCAGUGGCAGUGUGUUCAACAAUGGUACAGAUAGCUGGGUCACCGGCUGGGGUGCAGUCAAUGAGGGAGUGUCCUUACCAUUCCCUGAAUCUCUACAAGAAGUGGAGGUUCCAGUUCUGGGAAACAGACAGUGUAACUGUCUCAAUGGAGUUGGUACAAUCACAGACAACAUGAUCUGUGCUGGAGUUCUGGUGGGAGGCAAAGACUCAUGUCAGGGUGACUCGGGAGGUCCGAUGGUAAGCAAACAGGGCUCCGUCUGGGUCCAGUCUGGAAUAGUUAGCUUUGGUUUUGGUUGCGCCCGACCCAAUUUGCCAGGAGUCUACUCCAGAGUGUCCAGUUACCAGCCCUGGAUCAACUCCCUGAUCCGCUCUGAUGAGCCAGGUUUUGUGCAGUUCAGUUCCAGUGGUGGGGACACUGAUGGCAGCUACACCUGUCCUGGUCUCCCACCACCUCUUACUACCACUACUGCUUCUGGCACUAGUACCAAUACCGCAGAACCCAGUGCUACAACCACAGAGCCAGGAUCUGUUGCAUCGAGUGCUGAAUUGUGUGGCAUCACUCCCCUGAAUAACAGGAUAGUCGGCGGUGAAGAUGCUCCACCUGGGAGUUGGCCUUGGCAGGUUAGUCUGCAGGGCUCUGGUGGCCAUGUUUGUGGUGGUUCCCUCAUCAACAGAGAGUGGGUGAUGUCUGCUGCUCACUGCUUUUCCAGUACAAGCACAUCCGGAUGGGAGGUUUCUCUUGGCCGUCAGAACCUCCAGGGCACAAACCCAAAUGAAGUGUCCAGAAGUGUUGCCAGAAUCAUUUUACACCCAAACUAUGAUGGUGACACCAACAACAAUGACAUCGCUCUGCUCAGACUCUCCUCACCAGUCACGUUCACAGACUACAUCAGACCUGUGUGUCUGGCAGCCAGUGGCAGUGUGUUCAACAAUGGUACAGAUAGCUGGGUCACCGGCUGGGGUGCAGUCAAUGAGGGAGUGUCCUUACCAUUCCCUGAAUCUCUACAAGAAGUGGAGGUUCCAGUUCUGGGAAACAGACAGUGUAACUGUCUCAAUGGAGUUGGUACAAUCACAGACAACAUGAUCUGUGCUGGAGUUCUGGUGGGAGGCAAAGACUCAUGUCAGGGUGACUCGGGAGGUCCGAUGGUAAGCAAACAGGGCUCCGUCUGGGUCCAGUCUGGAAUAGUUAGCUUUGGUUUUGGUUGCGCCCGACCCAAUUUGCCAGGAGUCUACUCCAGAGUGUCCAGUUACCAGCCCUGGAUCAACUCCCUGAUCCGCUCUGAUGAGCCAGGUUUUGUGCAGUUCAGUUCCAGUGGUGGGGACACUGAUGGCAGCUACACCUGUCCUGGUCUCCCACCACCUCUUACUACCACUACUGCUUCUGGAUGCACAGAGCCAGGAUCUGUUGCAUCGAGUGCUGAAUUGUGUGGCAUCACUCCCCUGAAUAACAGGAUAGUCGGCGGUGAAGAUGCUCCACCUGGGAGUUGGCCUUGGCAGGUUAGUCUGCAGGGCUCUGGUGGCCAUGUUUGUGGUGGUUCCCUCAUCAACAGAGAGUGGGUGAUGUCUGCUGCUCACUGCUUUUCCAGUACAAGCACAUCCGGAUGGGAGGUUUCUCUUGGCCGUCAGAACCUCCAGGGCACAAACCCAAAUGAAGUGUCCAGAAGUGUUGCCAGAAUCAUUUUACACCCAAACUAUGAUGGUGACACCAACAACAAUGACAUCGCUCUGCUCAGACUCUCCUCACCAGUCACGUUCACAGACUACAUCAGACCUGUGUGUCUGGCAGCCAGUGGCAGUGUGUUCAACAAUGGUACAGAUAGCUGGGUCACCGGCUGGGGUGCAGUCAAUGAGGGAGUGUCCUUACCAUUCCCUGAAUCUCUACAAGAAGUGGAGGUUCCAGUUCUGGGAAACAGACAGUGUAACUGUCUCAAUGGAGUUGGUACAAUCACAGACAACAUGAUCUGUGCUGGAGUUCUGGUGGGAGGCAAAGACUCAUGUCAGGUAAGCUGCUGCUUCUUUUAUUUGUCACUCAUUGCUGAAUGUGUAAAGGACUUUGUGACAUCCUUAGUCGUGUCCUCUCCACGUCCCCAGGGUGACUCGGGAGGUCCGAUGGUAAGCAAACAGGGCUCCGUCUGGGUCCAGUCUGGAAUAGUUAGCUUUGGUUUUGGUUGCGCCCGACCCAAUUUGCCAGGAGUCUACUCCAGAGUGUCCAGUUACCAGCCCUGGAUCAACUCCCUGAUCCGCUCUGAUGAGCCAGGUUUUGUGCAGUUCAGUUCCAGUGGUGGGGACACUGAUGGCAGCUACACCUGUCCUGGUCUCCCACCACCUCUUACUACCACUACUGCUUCUGGCACUAGUACCAAUACCGCAGAACCCAGUGCUACAACCACAGAGCCAGGAUCUGUUGCAUCGAGUGCUGAAUUGUGUGGCAUCACUCCCCUGAAUAACAGGAUAGUCGGCGGUGAAGAUGCUCCACCUGGGAGUUGGCCUUGGCAGGUUAGUCUGCAGGGCUCUGGUGGCCAUGUUUGUGGUGGUUCCCUCAUCAACAGAGAGUGGGUGAUGUCUGCUGCUCACUGCUUUUCCAGUACAAGCACAUCCGGAUGGGAGGUUUCUCUUGGCCGUCAGAACCUCCAGGGCACAAACCCAAAUGAAGUGUCCAGAAGUGUUGCCAGAAUCAUUUUACACCCAAACUAUGAUGGUGACACCAACAACAAUGACAUCGCUCUGCUCAGACUCUCCUCACCAGUCACGUUCACAGACUACAUCAGACCUGUGUGUCUGGCAGCCAGUGGCAGUGUGUUCAACAAUGGUACAGAUAGCUGGGUCACCGGCUGGGGUGCAGUCAAUGAGGGAGUGUCCUUACCAUUCCCUGAAUCUCUACAAGAAGUGGAGGUUCCAGUUCUGGGAAACAGACAGUGUAACUGUCUCAAUGGAGUUGGUACAAUCACAGACAACAUGAUCUGUGCUGGAGUUCUGGUGGGAGGCAAAGACUCAUGUCAGGGUGACUCGGGAGGUCCGAUGGUAAGCAAACAGGGCUCCGUCUGGGUCCAGUCUGGAAUAGUUAGCUUUGGUUUUGGUUGCGCCCGACCCAAUUUGCCAGGAGUCUACUCCAGAGUGUCCAGUUACCAGCCCUGGAUCAACUCCCUGAUCCGCUCUGAUGAGCCAGGUUUUGUGCAGUUCAGUUCCAGUGGUGGGGACACUGAUGGCAGCUACACCUGUCCUGGUCUCCAACCUUCUUCAGCUACUCCUUUAACAACAAGACCAAGUACUACUGCUCAAGCUGCAUUCAGUCCUGCAAGAGCAGUGUGUGGCAAUGCACCAGAGAAUAGUCGCGCCGUCGGUGACAGUGGUGUUGUCCCUGGAGGAAUGUGGCCCUGGAUUGCCAGUCUCUACAAAAAUGGGGCCUACACUUGUGCAGGAACCCUCAUUUCUGAUAACUUUGUCCUCACUAGUGACCAAUGCUUCUUCUCAAAUCCAAAUGUCCUUGAGUGGACUGUGUUCUUGGGUCACCAACAUAUCAACGGUUCUGACAAGUUUGACAUGUCUCUGGCUGUUGUGAAAAUUAAGUUCAGCGAACUGACAGGCUCUAAUGUUGCUGUGCUGCAACUGGCUAAAAGAGUCAGCUUCAGUGAUAUUGUCCAGCCUGUGUGUUUGGAUGUAAACAAUGACAUAUCCUUCCCUGUUGGGAGUCAAUGCUGGAUGGCAGGCUGGGGGAAAGGAAGUAAGAACAGAGGUGAUUAUAAAGCUGGAUCAGUGCUCCGAGACAUUGAAACUCAAGUAGCAAGUUGUGGCAAUGUUUUGGAUACAGGGAACAUUUGCACAUAUGCCAUGGACCUUCAAGAGGGGGAUCAGGGCAGCCCCCUGCUGUGCAAGUGGGACUCAUCUUGGUUCCACGUGGCCGUCGUUACAAUGAAUGAAAACAAGGUCCGUGCUGAUAUUCAGGUCUUUUCAAAAACAUCAAGAUUUGGGUCGUUCUUAAAGGAGACAGUUGGCGACAUGCCGUCUCCCGCAGUGUUUGCAACAGGAAAUACUCUCGGUUUCACCAAUUCCUUGUUUUUCACUUUCACUGUCAUUAUUAUCAUCAUGUUCCAGUUCCAGUGACCCCUCUCAUAAUCCCUCAUUUAUAUUCUGUACUGUUAAUGCACUUGAAAUACUGUGGUCAAACAAUAGAGAACACAUCACAAGAUGGUUUGUUUUUAUAUUAUACACGUUUACUCAUUUAGAAUAGCACAAUGUAUUUUACUCUAAGUACAAGUAACUGUAUAUUUCAUAUAAUUUACUCAAUGUACCCGUUGUCUUUUAAUAAUAACAUUAUUAAAACAUUAUUAAAGAUGUAUUUUUCUGAGCAACUAUGUAUCCUCAGAUAUAAUCGGAUUUGUUCACAUAAGGUUUUUCAAUAAAAGUUCCAUUAUAUAUAAGCAAAUGUCAAAGUUACUGAGGAGGAAAUGUUUUAGUUCAAAGUUAUUUAUUCCGAUGUUGAGCAGUCAUUGUCCAGACGAGGCUACACCUCUGAACCACAGGCAGCAAAUUCAUUUUAAUAGUCUAUGAUAAAGCAACCAGCCACAAGAAAGGCAUUCUAAUC